UUCUGGAAGCAACCAGGCAUGUACACGUGGCGCUUGGAGAAAGCCACACGCGGGUGUUAGGCCUAUAAAUAUGGCUCAAAAUAAAAGCGAAAGCAUAGACUCACUGAGACCAACGAAGAAAAUACUACAUCAGCUAAGUCGGCAUUUCUGACAAGAGAGGACUUAGUCGUGCAUUCAGCUUUAUACAUAUUGAGACGAGUUAAAGUUUGUAAGCCACUCCAAAGUUGUUUUCCAGUAAUUUGAGGCACAUACAUUUGUCUUCAUCCGAGCGUGUGUAUAACAUAUGAGAAAGAUGAAGUUAAAAGGAGCAGCAUGUAUGGCUGGAGUAUGUUUACUCCUGGGAACUGCUAGUGGAUGGUCUAUCUUUCCGCGGAGGUACCAUCAUCAACCAGUUCCGUGUUCUUUGGCUCCAUGGAGAUCAUUCCCGCUUGCUCAGUUCUCAGACUUCGAUAAUUUUUUGAACGACUGGCCUUCGAUAACGGACCAUCAUCUGUGGCCAUUGGGGCUCCAGUAUGAGGACGACAGGGGACGACAUCAGUUAAGAGGUAGCCACCAAGGUCACGAUGCCAUGGGAUCAUCUGGUAAUAACGCUGAUGACCCCGAGAAGAACAGACUUUCGAAAUUGUAUCAAGAUAGUGUCGAAAAGUCAGAACACGUUCAACAAGAAAUGGACAACGUUCAAGAACAACUGGACCACCUUAGCCAGUGGUCAGUGAGAAAUGGCCAGAGAACGUGUGAUAGCUGUGCACCAAAGAGAUCGUGCAACCAACAUCAAAACCAACGAACUCGAUGUGCUGGUGAACAUGUUCAGGCACGUCACGAUAAUCCAAGCGAAGCUACUACAAGAGAUGGUUGCUAUACGCCAAGCAGAUCAUGCAGCCAGUGCCGAAACCAGCCAAGUCAAAGUUCAAGUCAACCAGUUUACGAACGUCAUGAUAAUCCGAACGAGUCUCCAUUUUAUGAAGACUACCCUGAGCCGAAUCAUCACCAAACAAAUCCUACACAGCACCAAAGUAAUCCCACUCAACGCGACCCAGAUUCAUUUCAACGUCAGACGAAUGCGGCAACACAUCGUCACCCAUAUGACAGACAACGUCAAGCCGAAACUUCUCAGCGUCAACACGAUGCUGGCCAACGUCAGGUGAAUCCAACACAACGUCAACCGCAUUACAGACAACAUCAUGCUGAAACGUCUCAGCGUCAAAACGAUGCUAGCCAACGUCAGGCGGUUAAUCCUGACGACGACCACCAGUAUCGUGCAACGCCGCAACGCCAACACCAUGCUACGCAACGUCAUACUCACAAUCAACGUCACCGUGAGCCUAAUCGACGCCAAUUUGAUGAUGUGCAUCAACCAAGUCAGCAAGAACAGCCACGAUCAAGUUUUCCCAAACACAAUACUCGCCAGUUUAAUUCAGACGAGAACCGACAGCGUGACGUAAAAAGUCAAUCGUCACUGCAAGAAGUUAUGUUGAUUCCUACACGUGGAUUCGACCCGAGGGAUCUCAACAUACGUCACCAUGGAAACAGCAUCCGGGUACAUGCUAGUCGGACAUGUGACGGGGACAGGACUUGUGUAACCAGGGAGAUGGAAACGUCAUACAAACUCCCUUAUGAAAUCGAGAGGGGUUCCAUGAAGGCGUCCAUAGACGGUUCAAACAUUGUUAUAAAAGGUCGACCUGUAGAAUCUCAGGAAAUUGAAAUCCUGGUGGAAGAAGAACCAGAAGAUACUUUAGUGGGCAAUCAUAACAGUUUUGAAAAUUUACAAGAACAUUGGGUUUUAGAAGACACAGAUGCGGAAAAUGGUGUUUUUAUCGAAACAGAAGCUGAUUAAACGAAGUCCCGUUAAUUUAGUGUUUGCUAGUGUGCUGCGCGAAACAGUGAACAGAUGCGAUUGUAAAUGUUUCACUUGUGGUGAAUGCAUGUAAUGUGAACGACUGUGUUUUUUUUUUUUUUUUUU